GGAAGAUCAAGCAGUUUGUAUAUCGUGUAAAAUUCCUAAAAUCUUUGGACUUUACCUUGCAUAAAUUUGCCUAGCUCUCUUGCUUAUCAGAAUGAAAAAAUAUAAACAAACAUUAACUGAACAUACCCAGAGCCAAACAAAGAUUUUAGGAUUUUCGUAUAUGGUGUUUGCUACUAAAUUAAAAUCAGCUGCAUAAUAAGUUUAGAAUUAAAUAACCUAAGAUAGCAUGGGCGACUACAGUAACUAUAUAAGAAUUGGUGAGAUCCUCAGGUCUCCUCCAGCCACAGAUACCAAAUCCCAAUACAUACUAAAACUUAAGUGUGCCCAUUGUGUCGAGCAUGUUUUCAUGCUGCUGGAGUCAUUUGUUUUCCCUUGCCACGAAUGUGAGAUCAAUACAGACAUCAACCAAGACCACAUAUUAGAGGAGGAAAUUAAAAUCGAUGAUGGCAAUUAUGAAAUUGAUGAAGGAGAAGAUGUGACAACAGCUAUAAAUGUUGUACAAUACUACAAUAACAAAGACAUCGAGAAAGGGGACCCUCUGAAUGUUAUCAAAAGCCACUUAUCCGAUGAUGAAGCUGAAAUGGCAGAGGAUGAUAGUAAUUUAUGGGAAGAAGAAUUUGGAGAACAGUCGAAACCGAAUUCAGAAACAGCCAAUGAGAUACAUGUGAAUGAGUCUAUUUAUGUAGAUGCAACAAAUUUGGAUGAAAAUGAAAGGGAUGGAGAGCUCACUGAAGAUAUGGAAUCGAAUCAGUUUAUACAAAAUUUUCUAAAAUCCAAUAAAAAUAGGCUUUCAUUUGUGGAAGCCUUUAAAAAUCAGUCAGGCCCAGGACAGAAGAAACUCCAGCAAAAUGUUUUAACAAAAAUAAGAAAAGAAUUAAAAAGCAAAAACAAUUUACAAUUAACCAAUAAACAAAUAGCACGCAUUGCUGCAUAUAUGCGCAACAAGUUUCCAGAAGAAAUGAACAACUGUGAAACUACUCUGGUAAGGUGUGAGCAAACACUGGAAACUAAAACCUCUGAAAAACUUAACUCUCAUCAAAUUGAUCUGAAAUCCAAACAGUUGAUUCAAUUAUUGGUCAUCUAUGAACGUUUCCCCUUUUUAUGGAAUAGUGAUUUAAUAGAAAUUUGUUGCAAAAACAAACGCCAAGAGGCCUUGGAUCAGAUGCUGAUUAGCGUAAAUAAGGAAAUAAAUGUAAACAUAGACAUAGAAAGUUUGAAAAAUUAUCUGCUUUACAUACACAAUCGAUUUGCCAAAGAAAAACGUAGUUGGUUUAGAAACGAAGAAUCUAAAAUACCCCAGCAUGGCCUUGCUAAACACAUGAUGUUCUUGAAGUCACAUGUCGGACCUUUCAGAUGUCCUGUUUGUAGUGUUGAAUUAAAAAAUCCAUUAAAUUUCAAAGUCCACAAAUCCCGGCAUGAUGGUACUAUGCCAUUGAAAUGUUCCUUAUGCGGCAAGGAUUUCAAAGUAUUGGCCACCUAUAUACUACACGCUAGAAGACAUAUGGACGAUAUGGUGGAAGAAUGCAAAGAAUGUGGCAAGAAAUUUAUAAAUCCAUAUGAAUUAAAAAUUCAUAUGCGUUUUCAUACCGGUGCUAAACCUUUCUGCUGUGAGAUAUGUGGAGUUUCAUUUCGUCACAUACAAACCUUUGCCACCCACAAGCGUAGUCAUGAAAAGAAAUAUUUACACACUUGUGCCACCUGCUCCAAGGGAUUUUAUAGCAAAGCCAAACUGGAUGAUCACGUAAGGUCGCAUAAGCAAAUACGAGAAUUUGUAUGUAAAACAUGUGGCAAGGCCUUUAUAAUGAAGAAAACAUUGCAGCAGCAUCAAGUGAUACAUGAGGAUGUACGACGACAUGCUUGUUCGCUGUGUGGCAAAGCCUUUAAGCUGAAAGUUGGUCUAAGUCAGCAUAUGAAAACACAUGGACGAAAUUCAUCAAAGGAAUGCAGCGAAGAGAUUAAGGUUUCUGUUGGGAAGUAAAUGAAAUGUAGUAUUAUGGUAAAUAAAUUAAUUCAAAUUUAA